UUUAUAUUCCUGAAGCUGGGAAGCAAGGCACGCAUCUACAAAGCACCUUCCUGAGAUCUUGAGCUCCUUUCAAACAUUGAAUUUUUAUUAUUCAUUCCAAUCUUCUGUUGGCUCCCUUGCUUCCCUCUCUCCUCCUUUUCCUGAAGCUGGCAGCGAAGAGAGAUGUGAAGAGCAAGGGGGAAAAGGGAGAGGAAAGAAAGUGUGUGCGGCAAUGAAAAGCUCCAGAUUCGUUUUGCAGAAAGUUGUCUGGGUUGAAGAGACAGCCACUUUCUGCAAGCUGUGAGCCUCUGGAUAUUUUUCCUUCCUUUCUCUUUGGGAAGGAAUCAAGGCAAAAAGGAGAAGAUAAUAAAGUGCAGAAAGAAUGAACGAAAGAAAGAAGAGAGAGAAAUAGAAGUCCACAGUCUGUCCUGCCUUCCACGGAUCUUCUUGACCAGAUAAGUCAUGUUUAUUCUGCAUCAACUCAUGUUGAAUAGAUAACACAGGUUUAUUCUGCAUUAUCUGGACUUCACCAGAUCUUCUUGACAAGAUAAGUUACAUUUCUUCUGCAUUAACUGGAUGUAUGUGGCUCUUCUUGACUAGCUACAUCAAGUUUAUUCUGCAUUAACCAGUCUUGACUAGAUAAGACAGGUUUGUUCUUCAUUGACUGGACUUCGCUGGGUCUUCUUCAUCAGGAAAGUCUGGUUCAUUCCGCGUUGCCUGAACUACUUGAUCAAAAAAGUCCUGUUCAUUCCACAUGGCCUUGACUUCUUGAUCAGGAAAGUCUGGCUUAUUCUGCACUGCCUGGACUCCUUGAUCAGAAAAGUCCGGUUUAUUCCGCACUGCCUGGACUCCUUGAUCCAGAAAGUCCAGUUCAUUCUGCAUUGCCUGCACUUCUUGACCCGGAAAGUUUGGUUUAUUCCUUGUUACCUGGAUUUCUUGAUAUAGAAAUUCUGGUUUAUUCCGCAUUGCCUGGAUUCUGUGAUCAGAAAAGUCCGGUUUAUUCUGCGCUGCCUGGACUCCUUGAUCAGGAAAGUCUGGUUUAUUCCGCAUUGCCUGUACCCCUUGAUCCUGAAAGUUUGUUUCAUUCCACAUUGCCUGAACUCCUUGAUCCAGAAAGUUUGGUUCAUUCUGUAUUGCCUGGACUUCUUGAUCCGGAAAGUCCGGUCCAUUCCGCAUUGCCUGGAUUUCUUGAUCCGGAAAGUCCGGUUCAUUCCACAUGGCCUGGACUCCUUAAUCAGUAAAGUCCGGUUUAUUCUGCACUGACUGGACUUCUUGAUCAGGAAAGUCCAGUUUAUUCCGCAUUGCCUGGACUCCUUGAUCUGGAAAAUCCAGUUCAUUCUGCAUUGCCUGGACUUCUUGAUCAGGAAAGUCACGUUUAUUCCACAUUCACCUGUCUCAAUCAAAUAUGUCAAAUUUGCUCUGCAUUGCCCAGGGUUUUUGCAUCCAAUUGUAAGCCACCAAACCAAUCUCUUAUUAGAGAGAAAGGAAGGGAAGCCAAGGCCCAAGUGGCACAAAAGCCACCCAAAAGCAAAGAAAUCACCUGUUCAAAGUGAAGAAAGAAAAGAGAAACCAUCCCAGUUUAUGUGGCAAAUGUCAAUGCCUUCUGGAGUUUCUAUUUGACAAGUUGGUGUCCAUUUAUUGCAAAAUCCCUUCUCCGGGAGGAAUGAUAUUCAAUAUUGGGAAGCUCUUUUGGGUGACUUGCAGCAGAGGCCGGAACGGUGUUUGGAUGGAGGAUUAAACAGAAGAACCCAGUGACCGAUUUUUGUUUCCUUUAAUUGCGCGAGAUUUCCCAGUUUCCUGGGAGAACAUGGAUGGCCCUUCAAGGUGACUUCUCCUCCUUCGCUGCCUUUGUUUUGGAUCCUCAUUGCUUUCGGUGGUUCUUCAUGGCUGGAGACUUGGGCUGACUUUGGAGAGACAGGACCGAAGCCGAGAAAAAGCAUUUCCAUGUUCUGACCCAGUCGACGAUGAAGGUAUGGAAGUUUGUGGCCCUCGCCUCAAUGCUCCUCAGCUCCAUGCUGGUUUGUAGAGACCUUUUCCGCGGGAAGGCCUUCUCCUUUGUCCGCUCUUCCUCUUCCUCAUCUGGUGGACAGAAGCGGCACCCGAGGGACCUGGGCCACCGGGCCUCGCUCAUCUCCCAGUACAGCAGCUUGUUUGAGCGCUACACGGAGGGAGAGGUCCGCCAGCUGGUCUGGGCCCUGGUUGAGCGCUACCGCCAGUCCAUGAACUCGGGCGGGCAUGAGCUGCCCCUCUUCGCGAAGGCCGGUGGCCCCAGGAUGAAGAGGGCCAAGGCCCGGCACAAGCCCUGCACCCUCAAGGAGCUGGAGGUAACUGUCAGCGAGCUGGGCUUGGGCUACCAGUCAGAUGAGACCGUGCUCUUUCGCUACUGCAGUGGCACCUGCGAGACGGCCCUACGCAACUAUGACCUCUCCCUGAAGAACCUGCGCAGCAUGCGGCGCCUGCGGAAGGAGAAGCUCCGGGCCCGGCCCUGCUGCCGGCCCCUGGCCUAUGAGGAUGAUGUUUCCUUCUUGGAUGCCGGCAACCGGUACCACACCGUCAAUGAGGUCUCGGCCAAAGAGUGUGGCUGUGUGUGACGGCCGGAGAGAAGCAGGAGCGUCCGGUUGCCCGUUGAAAGAAAGUCUGCCAACACAAAGGAAUGGCCAAGGAGGUGGUCGAGUCUUCUUCUCUAGAAGUGUUGAAGCAGAGCCGGGUGUGUCUUCCCAUGUGGCAGAAAAGGGUCCGACUGGAUGGUCUUUGGGUGUCCCAUCCUACUCUUGUGGAAAGUGGGAGUCUGGUGGAGUCUUCAUCCUUCUCUGGUUGUUUCAAAGCAGAGGCUGAAUUGUUAACUGUCAGGAGGGCUUGGAGUGUGUCUUCCUGCCCGGCAGAAAGGAUUCAGGCUGAAUUUUCUUAUAGAUGAGCCCAACAUUAGGGCGCAUCCAUCAUUCCACCAUGAAAGAGACCUGUUUCUGGUCCUGGAGGUUCAGUAGGAGGACCGACAUCAACCGCAUCUUCAUCCCAAGCUAAACUCUUAAUUUUCACUUGUUUUAUAGUUUUCUCAUAAAGUACAAUGUCAGGAAGAAGUCACUCUGGGUUUCCGUUGUUCUGCCAUAAAUAAGGAAGUAUGUCUCUGGUCUGGACAUUUUGGCAGCCUCGACCGCAUCUUCAUCCCGAGUCAAACUCCUAAUGUUUUGCAAUACAAAAUAUUAAGGAUAUGCAGAGUCUUCUGGAGCAGCCAUAGGGAGGCCUAUAUUUAGGCGAUUUUGAGCUUUGGAGCAUGGCUUCUUUUAAGUCGAACAUUUUCGGAGGAGACACCAAGGACUGUAAGAUCAUAAUCUUUGUGUACAGUUAUAACAGCACUGUGUACAUAUAUAUAUAGUGUCCAAGCUAUGUAUACCAAAUGCUUCCAUUCCUUAGCGGGCAUUGCAUCAACUUCUUUGUGGGACUUAGGUUGAAGUGAGGUUUUCUCAGUCAAAGAGCACAAAUAUUCGGAUCCUUUUAAUACCAAAUGGUGGAAUGAGAUAGGGACUUAUUUUAUGUUUCAAAAGAAGACUAUAAACAUUUAAAUAUCUUGCAUUUUGUUAUAAUCCAGUCGUAAAAUCGGGAUUCUCAAAUACAAACUAGAAGUUGUUGGGUCUCAAGAAGUUGAUGCAAUAUCCUUCUUAGAGCUUUGGAAAGUUCCUUUUUCUGUCUCUAUAAAAUCCUAGGAGUCCAAAAAGCCAAUUUCCCCAAGUCUAUAUAUAUAUAUAUAUAUAUAUAUAUAUAUAUAUAUAUUAUUAUUAUUAUUAUGAUACAUUGCCUCUAUUUAUUCAAAGUAACUUAUGAUAUUUAUUUAGGUCCUGUUCUACCUAAUGCACCAACGGCUCUACGACUUGUUUCCGACCUUCCCCUUAAUUUAUUUCACGUUCAUGUGACCUUGCGCUAUGUUUUUUAAACAAAAUAAAACCCUUUUGUAUUUCCAAAACAAAAGGCAGCAAGAACCGAUACCCUUUUUAAAAAAGAAAAGAAAAAGAAAACAAUAAAUGAAUGCCUUAAAGAGUCACUGACGUGAAGAUUAAAAGAAAAGAGACAAGGAAA